AUGGGGGAAGAAGAGCCCCCUUCUAGAGAAACCCCUGCUCAACGUGCUAGAUGUUUUUUCGACGUAUCAAUCGGCGGCAUUAAUAGCGGUAGAAUCGUUUUCGAACUUUUUACGGAUGUGGCUCCGAAGUGUUGUGAAAACUUCAGAGCUUUGUGCACCGGUGAAAAAGGGCUGGGGGAAGAGACUCAAAAACCUCUUUAUUAUAAAGAUGCAAUAUUCCAUCGUGUGGUCAAGGAUUUUAUUAUCCAAGGUGGUGAUUUCUCAAAUGGAAAUGGUACUGGAGGCGAAAGUAUAUAUGGAGGGACAUUUGAAGAUGAGAAUUUUAUUCUCAAACAUGAUCAGCCAUUGUUGUUAUCAAUGGCUAAUAGAGGAAAAGACACUAAUGGAUCACAGUGUUAUAGUACAACGCAACCGGCCCCCCAUCUCGACGAUGUUCACGUGGUUUUUGGAAGAGUAGUAAGCGGAGUUGAUUUGGUGAGGCAGAUCGAAUCACUUCCAGUGGAUGCUAACAGUCGACCCCUUCAGGAUGCGAAGAUCAUCAAGUGCGGAGAGCUUGUAAAGCAAGUCAAAGCCAAGAAAGAGAAGAAGAAAGUAGAAGCGGACGACGACAAUCAAGAGGAAGGAGAAAUUAAAUCAAAAAAGAAAAGUAAAAAAGAUAAGAAAAAGGAGAAGAAAAGUAAAAAGCAUAGCAAAGAAAACACCAAAUCGGACGAGGAGGAAGAAGGAGAAGAAGGCGAGGUAUUCGAACCUCAUCCGUUAGUUACAGUAACAAAUAUUGAUCCUGAAGAAAUACCCGAGAUCCCAGCUAAUAAAUUCUUAAUGAGAGGAGAAGGCAGGAAAGAUAGGGAUAAAAAUAACGAUAAUAGAAAAGAUGACAGAAGAGAUAAAAAUUACAGGGAUCGUGGUAACAAACGCGAUUGGGGUGGAGAUUACAAUCGAUGGGGAAGAACUGCAACCUCUAAAAGCGGAAGAAUGAUAAAAGGAAGAGGAAAGUUUAGAUAUAGAACACCGUCUCGAAGUCGAUCGCGCAGUGCCACUCCUAUCCAUUGGCGGAAAGAAGAAUCUCGCGUGAUCAAAAUGUCCGAUCUGGAAAAGCUCGAUGCGAAGCGUAAACAGUUGGAGAGUAGAAGGGACAAAUCGAAAUGGCGAAGUGUAACGCCGGAGCUUCCGUCUUUCGAAAAAUCUUUAACGCCCCAAACUGAAUACCCUAAGAGUAAAGGGAAAAAUAAGGGAGUCGAUUAUAAUGCUUUGGAUUAUGAAGAUCAGAGCGAAGAUGAAAAUAAGGAUUCUUAUAAGCAUAAAAAAAUUGUACCUAGUUUAGUACAGUAUCCACUUUCUAGUUCAAAAAAUACACAUAAGAGCAAAGAAGAUAUCCAAAAGGAGAUUGAACAAGUAGAUGAAGAAGAAAAGGAAGCUGAAGCCAUUAAUAAGCGAUCUGACUUUUUAGCAAUGGCUCUAGGUGUCCAAAUAAAAACCGGCGAAGAUCCUGCCACUGGAGAGAUUAAAUUCGGCGGCUACAACAAACAGCGUGAUAGAUCAGAAAAGUUUAGUCAAGCACAAUCAGCGAACAAGUCGAAUUCCAAUAAUCGUUUUGGAAGAGUCAAUAUGCGCUUACUACAGUUAGCUCACCAGGACAAUGUACCUGCUGCCACUCAAUUGCCUAGUAAGGUCGAGGAAAAACACGGAAGAAAUAAAUUUGAAACAGAGAAGCCUGUUGUUCAGAAUGAGAGCAAAUAUGAAAAAAAUGGUAGAUUUUCGGAUAUGAGGAGGCGAAGAGAUAGAUAUGAUGACCGUAAACGUGGCGACAUUAUAGAAAGGGAAAGAAGGGAUGGAGGCAGAAAUAGGGAUAGAAGAGAUAAUAGGGGAAGGGACUACAAAAAAUCUCCAAGAAGAUCUCGUUCGAGAGACAGAAAUAGAGGACGCAGGAGAUCUCGUUCACGUUCUCGAUCCAAAUCUAAAUCAAGAUCUCGUUCUCGUUCGAGGAAGUCCAGGAGUAAAGAUAAAUCUAAGAAAUCCCGAUCAAGAACGCCGGAGGUCCCUGCUAAACAUGCAAAAGUCGAAGACAAGGAUAAAGACAAGGACGUGUUCAAAGCUGAUAAGGAUGCAGAAGAGAAAUACAGGAAAUUACUCAUUCUUCGGAAAAAGAUGGCAUUGUUGGAGUUGAAGAAAAAGGAAGAAAUGAGACUAAUGGAAGAAAAGCAACGGAAAGCCAAAGAGGAAAGCGAAAUGUUGGAGAAAGUCAAAUUAGCGAAGAGAGAAGCCAUCGAAAAGGAGAAGUUGUUGAAAACAGUCAAAGUUUUGCAAGAACUUGACGACAAAAAGGACACCAAGCUGAGAAAGAGACUGAAUUCGUCGAGUUCCAGUAGCUCGAGUAGUUCCAGUAGUUCAGACAGUGACAGAGAUAGAAAAAAUAGACGAAGACCCAGUCCAAAACAAAGGUCGCCAUCCAGAUCCCGUUCUAGAACUAGAAGGCACAGACGCUCAUCUGCUAGAUCCUCCAGAAGUAGAUCUAGAGGGUCUAGAGACCGACAUAGGGAGAGGCCUUCUAGACGACGUCGUUAA